ACGAAAUCCUCUCUUCAUUGAAGAAGAGAUCUGCCUCAUCAAAGUCCCCGACAACACAACUGAGAAACCCACCCCAUGCAACCAAGGGUUAGGGUUGGCUACUCAUAAAGCUUAAACCCUGCAAAGCUGCCUAGCCAAUCAGGCAAAAGCCGCUCCGUGCCGGGCGGGCAAUUCAGAAAAAAGUUCCCAAGUUGAGUGUGAGGCUCGAUUGACAAGCGUUGGCCCAUUGGCGAUAGCGACAAGGGACGAACGACAGUCCGACAACCUGCCUCCACACACCACACACACACACAUUCACCAUGCUGCGUCCAAGGUUAAGGAUACCGCGGGCCUCCUCGCCCUUUGCCCUCCCCGCCUCCCGUUCGUCAACCGCUGGCCAGCUCCUGCCCCUCGCCUACAGGUCAUCAUACCACACCGUUCCCGUGCUGGAGAAUAUCCCAGAGAAGGAAUCCGAAGAUGGGCAGAAAUACAGGUCAAUCGACGGGUUCCUGUCCCCUAUGGCUUUCACGACCGCCUGGGAUUACUACCAGACCCAUGUGUUGUCCAACUUGAACCGUCUCUGUGCUGAAACCAACAACGACAGCCUCCUCCUCAAAGACGUCGUCCUCGCCACGGCCCGCGACCCGGCCCAAGCAGCUACUUUUAACUAUGCCUCGGCGGCGCACAACAACCACUUCUUCUUCAAGUGCCUGUCCCCUACCGAGACAAAAGCCGAGGACAUGCCAGCCCAGCUGAAGGACGCUCUCGUCAAGUCAUUUGGCUCGCUCGACGCGCUCAAGGAGCUGAUGAUCAACACGGCCACUUCCAUGUUUGGUCCCGGGUUUGUCUGGCUCGUGCGGAGCGACAGGCCCAAAGACCCGCACCAGUUCCGGGUUUUGACGACUUACUUGUCUGGCUCGCCUUACCCGGCCGCGCACUGGCGGAAGCAGAGCUUGAACACUGCUACGGAUGUUGGGGAGUCGAGCGAGAGGGGGAUUCAGGCGGGGAAGCAGUAUUUGGAGAAUAGCGCUCGGGGUGCGGGGUGGAACGCGAGCGCGUAUAAGAAGGAUGAUUUUGCGCCCGGGGGGGUGCUUCUGGAGCCGGUGCUGUGCUUGAACACGUGGGAGCAUGCGUGGUUGUUUGAGUAUGGGUUUGGGGGGUCGCCGAAGAGUGUGUUGGAUAAGGUCAAGGGGGGGCAGGCGGGGGUGGCAGAGAAUCAGAAGAGUGGGAAGGAGGUUUAUGCGGAGAGGUGGUGGGAUUUUGUGAAUUGGAAUGUGGUGGAUAGGUUGGCUUUUCCGGGGGGAACGAAGAUAUAGAUGGAUGGGAUGGG